GCCCUGUUCCCCACAGAGCUGGCCAGGAUGUACAAAAACGAAGGGAACGAGUACUUCAAGGAGAAGGACUACAGGAGAGCUAUCGUCGCCUACACCGAGGGGCUGCGCAAGAAGAGCGAGGACCCCGAGCUGAACGCCGUGCUGCACACAAACCGAGGGGCUGCAGAGUUCCACCUGGGUAACUACCGUUCUGCUCUCAACGAUGCCAUCCAAGCCAAAAAGCUCAAGCCCACCCAUCUCAAAGCAAUCAUCAGAGGAGCUCUCUGUCACAUGGAGCUAAAGAAUUUCUCUGAAGCAAUAGCGUGGUGUGAGGAGGGCUUGAGAAUAGAUUCGAAGGAGAAAAAGCUUGUGGAAACGAGAGCUAAAGCUGACAAACUGAAGCGAGCUGAGGAGCGGGAUGCCAGGAGAGCAAAGGUGCUGGAGAGGAAAGAGCAGCGUCAAAAGGAAGUUUUGCUUGCAGCAAUAAAGGAAAGAAAUAUCAAGCUGGUUCUUGAGCCUUCAAACGAAGAAGAGGAAGUAGCAGAUGGCCUGGCUGAGAUAUCCUUAGAUGGGUUCCACCCUGACAAUGCCACUGGUGCCAAGGUGCACUUAGAUGCUGAAGGCAACCUAAACUGGCCUGUCCUCUUCCUGUACCCUGAGCACGAGCAGACAGACUUCAUUGAAGCUUUCCAUGAGAACUCCAGGUUUAUUGAUCAUUUAAUGGUGAUGUUUGCUGAGUUACCCCCUUGGGAUUUAGAAAGAAAAUACCUUCCCAGAAAUCUCGAGCUCUACUUUGAAGAUGAAGAAAGAGCAGAAAUGUACGAGCUGAGCCCAGAGCAGACGUUGCUACAAGUACUGCAGCACAAAAGGUAUUUUGUGAAGGCCGGGACUCCGACGGUUUUGGCAUUUGUGAGGAGUUCUCCUUUCUCCAAGAAGUACUUCUCUGGCAAGAAGGUGCAUCGGCUGUGAUGAGCAAGAGAGACAAGAGGAAUCCUGUGCAAGGGGCUGCUCUUUGUCAUCCCUGCAAACUCCUGCUCAGACAAAAACACCUUGCACGCUUCAGGGGAGAAAGAAUCUUGGCACGCAGGAAAACUUCCAGGAAAAACAGCACGGGAGAACUAAGGUCUUACAAGAGGGGAUUAUUUGUUUGAAAAGAAAUCCAGCUGGCUUGCAGAAGGUCUCCUCUGUGCUAGGCUGCGUGGGGUUUUGAAAUAAACCUGAAGCAGUGCC